AUGGCGUCGACCAUAACAAUCCCUCGGCGUUUACCUCUGCUUUUGGUGGCCGACAAUGUCCUCCUCCCUGGAUCAUCCAUGCGCAUUCCUGUCAGGAGUAUGCGAAACAUGAACAUGGUGAAAAGUCGUCUGCUGAGUCGAAACACUUUGAGUAGUACAAUUAUUGGUGUGAUACCAAGGGAUCCUACAGAUGAUCAGGGAGAUGAUCUGUCAUCUAUCCAUCACAUUGGUACAGCUGCUGUUGUAGUUCAGGUAACAGGAACAAAUUGGCCAAAGCCGGCUUACACUCUGUUGGUCACUGGACUGUGUCGCUUUAAACUCCAGGAACUUCUGCAGGAGGCUCCAUAUCCAGUGGCAACAGUCACACAACUUGACAAACUUCCAGGUGUCAUUGAUGACAAUAUUAACUUGAAGAACAUGGGAGAGCUGGAUAUUUUGGCAGAAAAUUUUCGAGAGCAAGCUGCCAAACUUGUAGACAUGCUUGACAUAUCAAUUCCUGUUGUAGCUAAGCUCAAGAAAAUGCUGGAGAAGCUACCAGAUCAACACCUCCCUGACAUUUGUGCUGCCAUUGUCAAAGCCUCUUACUCUGAGAAGAUCCAGGUGUUAGAUGCUAUUGACUUGACUGAGAGGUUCAAGAAAGCGCUGCCGUUGCUGAUGAGACAAAUUGAGGGUUUAAAACUCCUACAAAAAACUAGAAAAGACAAAUUUGAAAUCAUUACAAAGAAAGAGGGCAGCAACAAACCUGGUAAUAUGAAGCGUGUGUUUGGGAAGAUCAACUCAGACCUUGAGGAGGAGGAUGAUGGAGAUACUGACGAGAUGAUGGAUCUUGAACAGAAGAUAAAGGCUGCCAAUAUGCCGGAACAUGCCAUGAAAGCGGCCAUGAAGGAGUUUAAAAGGAUGAAAAAAAUGCCUCAACAGAUGCCAGAGCAUGCUAUGAUCAGGAACUACCUAGACUUGAUGGUAGAGCUACCUUGGUCCAAACAAAGCAAGGAUGCCUUAGACAUUGCUCAAGCAAGGAAAGAUAUGGACGAAGAUCACUAUGGUAUGGACAAACCUAAGAAGAGAGUGUUGGAGUACCUGGCUGUGCGUCAACUUAAGCAGUCCCUCCGUGGACCAAUACUGUGCUUUGUAGGUCCCCCAGGUGUAGGAAAGACCAGCAUUGGAAAGUCAAUUGCUCACACACUAGGCAGAGAGUUUCACAGGAUUUCCUUGGGAGGUGUUUGUGAUCAGUCUGAUAUCCGUGGACACAGAAGGACGUACAUUGGCUCCAUGCCUGGGAGAAUAAUACAGGGAUUGAAACUGGUGGGAACUAAUAAUCCUGUGUUUUUAUUGGAUGAAGUUGAUAAACUGGGGAAGUCACUCCAUGGUGAUCCAGCAGCUGCCCUGCUUGAGGUACUGGACCCUGCACAGAAUGACUCAUUUACUGACCAUUACCUAAAUGUGCCGUUUGACCUGUCUCAGGUGUUAUUUAUAGCCACGGCCAACAAUAUGGCCACCAUCCCUCCAGCCCUAUUGGACAGAAUGGAGCUGAUUCAGAUCCCUGGCUACACCCAGGAGGAGAAGAUCAACAUUGCAGACCGCCACCUCAUACCCAAACAACUAAAGGAGCAUGGACUGACUGCUGAGCAGAUCCAAAUACCUACUGACACUGUUCAGCUCAUUGCUUCUAAAUACACUCGGGAGGCAGGUGUACGGAACCUGGAGCGCAAAAUAGGAGGUGUUUGCAGAGCUGUGGCAGUCAGGGUAGCAGAAGCAUCACCAAAAUCCAAGGGCGAUAAACCUGCAUCAGAGCUGGACAAGAAACAGAUUGAUAAUGAAACUGUGUCAGAGUCCAUGUCCCAGGAUGCCUCUACCCUGGCACAUCCUCCAGAAAUGCCUAUUGUGAUUGAUGAGGUUGCCCUGGAGGAUAUACUGGGGCCUCCUCAGUUUGAAAGUGAGGUUUCCCAGAGACUGAGCCAGCCAGGAGUGGCAGUCGGCUUGGCUUGGACCCCCAUGGGUGGAGAGAUUCUGUUUGUUGAAGCCACCAGUAUGGAUGGAGAAGGUAAACUCACUCUGACUGGGCAACUGGGUGAUGUCAUGAAGGAAUCUGCCAAUCUUGCCCUCAACUGGGUCAGGAGUAAUGCCCUCAAGCUUGGUUUGAGUGGGGUUGUAAACACCAACAGUAAGAGAGAUAUACACAUUCAUUUCCCUGCUGGAGCUGUAGGGAAGGACGGACCCUCUGCUGGUGUUACUGUGGUAACUGUCUUAGUUUCCUUGCUAAGCAAGCGCUGUGUAAGAUCGGAUACUGCGAUGACAGGGGAGAUCACUCUAAGAGGACUUGUGUUGCCGGUUGGAGGCAUCAAGGAGAAGGUGCUAGCGGCUCACCGAGCUGGACUACGCAGAAUCAUUCUCCCGAAACGUAAUGAGAAGGACUUACAGGAGAUUCCUAACAAUGUCAAGAAUGACCUGACUUUAAUUUUGGCACAUCGUCUUGAGGAUGUGCUGAAUGCAGCCUUUGAUGACGGCUUUCCUUCCAUUGUCACCGAACACACAGUUCCUAGCAAGUUAUAACCUUUGUGAUGGCUGACCAGUGGAAUGGUCAAUUCUAGUGGUGCCAAAGACAGUUGAAUGUCCAGCAUUGAAACAAUAGUAUAAUUUCUUCCUGUUGAAAAUGAAGUGAUAUUUACGGGAUUUAAUCGAAAAAUUAUCCUGUGUUGUGAAAAUUUGACUUGUGAGAGAUUUUCAAAAAAAUCAUGAUAACCAAUGAAUGAUAUAUAAUAUUUAAAUUCUGAUUUUGCUGCUAAUGUUGCUUUCACAUUAAUGGUUAGAACAGUUGAACCAGUUGAACCUGGAAGGUUGGGAUCAGAACAGAGGUUAGAUAGUGGAACUUCAGCAUGUUCAGUUUAAGGGUGUAACUGGCUAGACAUCAUUAGUUUGCAGAAUUCCUGCAUAUAACAAGGUUUGAUCACACAUUUAUUUCUGGAAAUGUUCAGUACAGGUGAAGAUAUAUCAUUUUUUAUGAAUGGUUUACAAUUUUAUAUUGGAAAGGAGAUUCCUAGACCGUUCAUCUUGAGCUCUAACAUUUCCACAUCUGGUGCAGUUGUGCUCUUUAUCACAGAAUAAUUCCAUGGCACCUGGACUGUUUCAACCAUGUUAUGUGUGAAAGUGGUCAUAGUUUUACAAUGAUUGGAAAUUAUCAAUGUAUUUCAAUUGUGAUAUUUACUUACAGAUGAUGAUAGUGGUGAAUGAUUUAGUCUAAAGUUGUUUUGUAAUAUGUUGCUACCGCAGAAGUGCUUUCAUUUUGUAAACCAUAUCAUUCGGGUAUAGGUAUUUGUUGUUCAAUUUUAAUUGUUAUCAACCACUAAAAUGUUCUGUCAUCUAUCAUGAAUUCAAUAUUAUUGUUCCUCUUCAUUAAUGUAUGUAUGAGUGUUUGUCUGGGGUUAUCACCCUAGGACUUGCGAGGGUUAUAUCGAGGCAGGGUCUCCUUGUAGUAGCUGGUAGAUACCUCAGUGAACAACAUAUGGGAGAUUCAUUGCAUGUUUUAGAUAUCAAUUGGUCUGUAUCUCAAAUUCCACAAAAAGACAAACCACCAAGCCGAGAGAACACCGUACCACACAUCUCACCAUAGGUUUUGUGUGGAAGCCAAACACUUUACGAACUCAACUCCUGGCCACUCAUACACAUUGAAAUCUUAUUUUUAUGUCUUAUACUGCUUUAAUAUAAAUGUGUUAUAAUGUAUGUAUGACUGCCUCAAAGGAGUGAAUGCUGGAAUGUUGAAGAUAUUUAAAGUGUUCUUUUUAUCUAUCUCAUUAUUAUAAUCCAAAUGGGAUGUAAUGCACUACAGUUUUAAGGUCUAGAUUGCUUUGGAUUGAAAAUUCAAUUGUUUGUUAAGACUGAAAAAAGUAUUUUAACUUGGAUUUAUUCAGUUGUUGCAUUCUAAAGUUUUUGAAUGUUAGAAGUUUACACUUCGAGGUAUUAAUGAUGGACAGCUUGUUGGUGUAACAACAUCUGGUAAGAAACUGACCAAUCAGUGGACUCUUGUAUCUUAAAGUUCAGUCAUUGUUGUGACUGAGCUAUAAUCAUUUUGUAAUAAGUCAUGCUCAGGAUGUUGUCCUGCAUGUUUCAGUAACCAGACUUUUGUACUAUUAUUACAAAUUUCAGAUUAUUUAGCAUAUCAAGUUAAUAUAAUAUAGUGCAAUAUGGUAUUUCUGUUCAUGUAGAUUUGUCAUACCAAGAGAAGAAGUGUGCACUGUUAAUGUGUAAUCAUGAUCGUGUGAUUUUACUGCUUUGCCAAAUAAUUUCACUGAUGGUAUAGCAACAUUCCAAUCUGUACCUACUUAUUCUUAUCAAAUUCAAGAAAGUUUGAUUAUUAAAGGAAUUUACUUGGUUUAUGGAAAAAUUCUAUUGAACGUGUCCAUCCUUUCAUGGCUUGAGUAUAUUCUGAAUGUGAAAUGUAUGUAUACUGUUAAUUCUUAAGGUGUGGAUAGGACUUUGAAGUUCUAAAAUUAUUUUUGUUCAUCUUAAAAGAAAAAAAGUAAUCAAAUGCCAGUAAAAUAAAAUUAUAAAGAAUGAAAA